AUGUUGGAUCCGUCUUCCAGCGAGGAGGAAGGGGAUGAGAUACUGGAGGUGGAGAGCAAAGAGGUGGCGGCUCCGAAGACCACCGGAGGAGCCCGGCUGUCACCGGGCCGAGCAGCCGACGGCGGCGCAGGGCUCCAGCCCCGGGGCCGCGGGACCGGCGGUGGCCGACCCUCCAGCCCCAGUCCGUCGGUGGGCAGCGACAAGGAGAAAGAAGACCUGGAGAAGAUGCAGAGGGAGGAGGAGGAGAAAAAAAAGAGACUCCAGCUGUAUGUGUUUGUGAUGCGCUGCAUCGCUUAUCCGUUCAACGCAAAGCAACCAACUGAUAUGGCCAGAAGGCAACAGAAGAUCAGUAAGCAGCAUCUGCAGACAGUCAAAGAGCGUUUCCAGCAGUUCCUCAAUGGAGAAACUCAGAUUGUGGCAGAUGAGGCGUUCAUCAAUGCUGUCCAGAGCUACUACGAGGUCUUCCUGAGAAGUGACCGUGUGUCUCGGAUGGUGCAGAGCGGCGGCUGCUCAGCCAGCGACUCUCGGGAGGUUUUUAAGAAGCACAUAGAGAAGCGGGUGCGCAGUCUACCUGAGAUUGACGGCCUGAGCAAAGAGACGGUGCUGAGCUCGUGGAUCGCCAAGUUUGACACCAUCUACCGUGGUGAAGAGGACCCCAGGAAACAUCAACAGAGAAUGACAGCCAGCGCCGCCUCUGAGCUCAUCCUCAGCAAAGACCAACUCUACGAGAUGUUUCAGCAGAUCCUGGGAAUCAAGAAGUUUGAGCAUCAGCUCCUCUAUAACGCCUGCCAGCUGGACAACCCUGAUGAACAGGCAGCCCAGAUCAGAAGAGAGCUCGAUGGACGACUGCAAAUGGCCGACCAGAUCACCCGGCAGCUGGGUGGAAGGUUCCCCAGGUUUUCCUCCAGAGAGAUGGAGGCCAUGUUCAUCGAGGAGCUGCGAUCUUCUGUCAACCUGCUGAUGGCUAACCUGGAAAGCAUGCCGGUGUCCAAAGGAGGAGAGUUCAAACUGCAGAAGCUGAAACGAGGCCACAACACCUCCAUCAUGGACAUGGGCCAGGAGGAUGAGAACACCCUGUCCAAAUCUGACGUGGUGCUGUCUUUCACCCUGGAGGUGGUGAUCAUGGAGGUCCACGGUCUGAAGUCGUUGGCUCCAAACAGGAUUGUUUACUGCACUAUGGAAGUGGAGGGAGGACACAAGCUGCAGACGGACCAGGCGGAGGCGUCAAAACCCACUUGGGGCACCCAGGGAGACUUCACCACCACCCAGCCAUUACCUGCUGUGAAGGUGAAGCUGUUCACUGAGAGCACAGGAGUGUUGGCUCUGGAGGACAAAGAGCUGGGGAGGGUCGUGCUUCACCCCCUCCCAACAGCCCCAAGCACGUCCGAGCUCCAUAAGAUGACAGUAUCUAAAGGCUGCCCAGACAGUGACCUCAAGAUCAAACUGGCCAUACGCAUGGACAAACCACAGAACAUGAAACACAGCAGGUACUUGUGGGCUAUCGGCAAAAAUGUGUGGAAAAGAUGGAAGAAAAGAUUCUUUGUGCUAGUUCAGGUGAGUCAGUACACCUUCGCCAUGUGCAGCUACAGAGAGAAGAAGGCGGAGCCUGUGGAGCUCCUCCAGCUGGAUGGCUACACUGUGGACUACACUGACCCCCAACCAGGCCUAGACGGCGGUCGGACGUUCUUCAAUGCUGUGAAAGAGGGCGACACUGUGAUCUUUGCCAGUGAUGAUGAGCAGGACCGGAUCCUAUGGGUGCAGGCUAUGUACCGGGCCACCGGCCAGUCACACAAGCCAGUUCCUCCCACCCAAGUCCAGAAACUCAACUCUAGGGGGGGCACAGCACCACAGCUGGACGCACCCAUAUCUCAGUUCUACGCUGAUCGGGCCCAGAAGCAUGGUAUGGAUGAGUUUAUUUCAGCCAACCCCUGUAACUUUGACCACGCCUCGCUCUUUGAGCUUGUACAGCGCCUCACCUUGGACCACAGACUCAACGACUCUUACUCCUGCCUGGGCUGGUUCAGUCCUGGUCAGGUGUUCGUCUUGGACGAGUACUGCGCUCGCUACGGCGUUCGGGGCUGCCAUCGACAUUUAUGUUACCUGAGUGAUCUGCUGGUGAGGGCAGAGAAUGGCGCCAUGAUCGACCCCACCCUGCUGCACUACAGCUUCGCCUUCUGUGCCUCCCACGUCCACGGAAACAGGCCUGAUGGUAUUGGCACUGUAACCGUGGAGGAGAAGGAGCGCUUCGAGGAGAUCAAGGAGAGGCUCCGGGUGCUUCUGGAAAACCAGAUUACACACUUCAGGUACUGCUUUCCUUUUGGACGGCCAGAGGGAGCACUGAAAGCAACUCUGUCCUUGCUUGAAAGAGUUCUCAUGAAAGAUAUUAUAACCCCAGUCCCACAAGAGGAAGUCAAGGCUGUGAUCCGUAAGUGUCUGGAGCAAGCAGCUCUCGUCAACUACCAACGCCUGUCAGAGUACGCCAAACUGGAAGAUAAUAAGAUGGAUGUUGAGAAUGUAGGGCGGUUAGUCACCCCUGCCAAAAAACUGGAGGACACCAUUCGCCUGGCGGAGCUGGUGAUUGAGGUGCUACAGCAGAAUGAGGAACAUCAUGCUGAGGGAAAAGAGGCCUUUGCAUGGUGGUCAGACCUGAUGGUGGAACACGCCGAGACCUUCCUGUGUCUCUACUCGGCCGACAUGGACGCAGCUCUUGAAGUUCAGCCGCCCGACAGCUGGGAUAGUUUCCCCCUCUUCCAGUUGCUCAACGACUUCUUGAGGAUAGACUAUAACCUGUGCAACGGGAAGUUCCACAAACACCUACAGGACCUGUAUGCCCCCCUGGUGGUGCGGUAUGUGGACCUGAUGGAGUCCUCUAUUGCACAGUCUAUUCACAGAGGCUUUGAAAGAGAAUCUUGGGAACCUGUCAAGAGUAUAACAAGCACUCUGCCCAUUGUCAACCUCCAAAUGCCCAAAGUACCAAAUCUAACAGUGCCAAGUGUUAACCUCCCACAAAUGCCCAGCUUUUCUCCACCCAACUGGAUGACUGCUAAUAAUGACUCAAAUAAUGGCUCAGGGACAUCAGAAGAUCUCUUCUGGAAGUUGGAUGCUCUGCAGACCUUCAUCAAAGAUCUGCACUGGCCAGAGGAGGAGUUUGGCAAACACCUGGAGACCCGGCUGAAGCUGAUGUCCAGUGAUAUGAUUGAAUCAUGUGUAAAACGGACACGGGUGGCUUUUGAGGUGAAGCUUCAGAAGAGCAGCCGGGCUACAGACUUCCGCGUGCCGCAGUCCAUCUGCACCAUGUUCAAUGUCAUGGUGGAUGCCAAGGUCCAGUCUGCCAAACUGUGUGCCAUGGACCUGGGACAGGAGAGACAAUACCAUUCCCAAAUUGACAAUCUCAUUGAGGAGACGGUGAAGGAAAUGAUCACUCUGCUGGUAGCGAAGUUUGUGGUCAUUCUAGAGAGCGUGUUGGCCAAACUGUCCAGAUACGAUGAAGGAACACUCUUCUCUUCCUUCCUAUCUUUCACAGUGAAAGCUGCCUCAAAGUAUGUGGAUGUACCUAAGCCGGGGAUGGACGUGGCUGAUGGUUACGUGACUUUUGUCCGUCACUCUCAGGACAUGCUGCGGGAUAAGGUCAACGAGGAGGUGUACGUAGAGAGAUUAUUUGAUCAAUGGUACACCAGCACUAUGAAUCUUCUAGGAACAUGGCUCACUGACCGUAUGGACCUGCAGCUUCAUGUCUAUCAGCUGAAGAUUCUCAUCAGGGUCGUCAAGAAAAAGUACCGUGACUUCCGCCUUCAAGGGGUAUUGGACUCCACAUUAAACAGUAAGAUGUAUGAAACCGUGAGAAAUCGACUGACCUUGGAAGAAGCCACAGCCUCAGUGAGGGAAGGAGGGAUGCAAGGCAUUUCCAUGAGGGAUAGCGAUGAAGAGGACAACGGUAACUAG